AUGGCCUUCAAGAGUUUUUCUGGGAGAACGUACGACAUCGUGUCCGAUAAAGUCAAGCAAUCGGAUAGUUUUGAUGAAAUUCCCAUCAUCGAUCUUAGGCGGCCAGAAGACGAGGUGAUUGACAGUUUGCGAGACGCAUGUACUCGUGUUGGGUUUUUCUAUAUUUCCAACCACGGCAUCCCGCAGGCUGUCAUUGAACAGGUGCUGUCUACAGCGGAGGAGUUUUUCGCUCUGGAGAAUGCGACCAAAAACCAAGUCCAUUUCAAGAACGGAGCUGGACUAUGUGGAUAUGAGGGCUUUCAAAAUGUCCAUACAGACGAGACAAGAAAGCCGGACUUGAACGAAGCUUUCAGCUGGCGUUAUGCCCCGGAUAUCGAUCGCUCGAUCGAGCACAAUUCAAGUCCCACAAAAACACAGCAAGGCAAUGAUGCGGUAGAAAGCUUUCUUACCAGUGGACAGAACCUUUGGCCCGAUGCAAAGCCAGAAAUGCGGCGGGAUAUCAGUGAAUACUACAGCCACGUGUUGGUUCUGGCGAGGAGACUGAUUCGCCUGUUUGCUUCGGUGCUAGCAUUACCGGAAACACACUUCGACAACAUGAUGCAACAUCCGGGCUCCAUGGGGAAAAUCUUGCAUUAUCCACCACAGUCAGCCAAGGGUCUGGAUACUCCAUUCGGCAUAGGCGCUCACACUGAUAUCGAAUGUUUCACGAUUCUGUGUCAAGGUGGCGAUGUGCCCGCCUUACAGGUAUUGAAUCCAAAAGGUGAAUGGAUUUUAGCUCCUCCCAUAAAAGGAACCUUUGUCGUCAACAUUGGGGAUAUGCUGACAAGAUGGUCCAAUGACACCUUUCGAAGUACAAUCCAUCGGGUUCUCAAUAUCACGGGCCGAGAGCGUUACUCGAUGCCUGUAUUUAUUGGGCCUAGCUAUGAUACCAUCAUCAAGCCUUUGGAAACAUGUCUUGAGGGUGGACCCAAGUAUGAUCCAAUAUCCGCUGGCCUGUAUGUUUGGAAGAGACUUGCAGUUAGUAGGCUGGAUAAAGAUGAGUACGAACGGCAAAAAAUCAAUAUCGAAAGCCAAUUGGCAGCGCCGACUGAGGUAUGA